AUGAGCACCUCGCUCGCGGCGCAGCUCCAGGCUCGCCAGACCCUCGACGCCUCUCGCCUCCAGUCGGCAAAGGCGCUCAAGCACCCGCCGACGUUCAUCUUCACACCGCGCCACGCAGCAUCGGUCUCGACCGCCGACCUUCACUCGCUUGCAGCGAACGCGUGGGAGCAACUCGCUCCCCUCGACCCGUUCUUCAAUGCGCACUUCAAAGAGGUCCUCGGCGAGCAGAGCAAGACGCUCGACAGGACUGGGCUGACGAAGGAGGAGAAUGACAAGGUCGGAAAGACGGUCGACAAGGUGUUGAGGGCGCUCGGCAGGCACAUGCUCCUCAAGCCGGCUGGUAUCGUCCUCGAGUGGCUCGUCCGGAGGUUCAGGGUCCAGGACUUCAACGUGCCCGGCUUGAUCGCCCUCUUCCUCCCCUACCACAACACGGCCCACUUCCCCUCUGCGCUCAACCUCCUCAACGAGCAAUCCCUUGCGACAACUCCCUUUGCGGCCCUCAUCCCUGCGAAGAAGACCCUCGCGCCCAUCGACUUGCCCGCAAUCGUCGAACUCCUCCCACCCUUCUCGCGCUCGACUACCGCCCGCCCCAUGCUCGACUUCAUCCUGCACCUCCCUCUCGACUACCUCAAGAACCAAGAAGCGCCUCACCGCGCUCUCACAGCCUUCUGGCUGCAGGCUGUCGCGGCGUACCUCGACCGCGCGGGACCUCGCCUGCCAGAUGGCGAGCGAGCAGCAGUCCUCUCGACCGUCCUCGAGGUCCUCCGAUCAGCUCGCUCGUAUCCCGACACCCUCAUCGCCUCGUACAUCCUCGUCUCGCGCUUUGCGCUUCACAACCCGUUCGAUGCCGAGACGCUCCGGGUCGUUCUGAAGGGUGUCGUGACGAACCGCGCGAGGAGUCACGUCGCAGACGAAGAGACGGACGCAGCGCUCGUGACGACUCUCGUCGUGAUCUCGCAACUUGGCGAGGAGGACUUGACGGUUGGCGUGGGGAAGAAGUUCCUUGGGAACAGCGGGUGGAAGAGCUUGUUGAAGACGGAGAGGCUCGACCAGCUUGUCGUCCAGCUCAGCAACCAGUACGACGCGCAGAGGUUCCUGAGGCCGUUCUUGCACACGCUGGCAGAGGAUGCCUUGACGUCCGAAGAGUCUCUCGCACUCCUUUCGUCGCUCCUCGUCCCGCGCUCCUCGCCCGACUCGGAUGUCCCACUCACCCUUCCCACCUCGAUCAUCCCCAACCUCCUCGCCUCCUGCUUCUCCGCCAUCGUCUCGAGCCCCGCCUCCUCGCCUACCGCGCUCCUCAAGCCCCUCUCGCAAAUCUACCAGCGCUACCCGACCGUCUGGACCACCCAGUCCCGCACGUUUACCACGCGCGCCCAGUCCUCAUCCGACUCGACCGCCCUCCCUCGCUUGCUUCAAGCGAUGAACGCCGUCCUCGGCGGUGAGACUCUCACGGACGACUCAACUGCACUCGUUCUUUCUGCUUCAGCACCGGACGUUGCAGUUCGCGUCGCGGCGCUCAAGAAUGUCCUUGCGCACGCCAAAGAGAUCCGCGAGCAGGGUAACGGGCAGUUCGUCAAGGAUACGCUUGUGGCGCGUCUUGCGGAGCCGGAGGUGGAUGUCGCCAAGGUCCUCUUCGCGGAUGAGGCGCUCGAUGUCCUGGAGGAGACGCUUGAUGCGGAUGAGGUCGUCGAGUUUCUCAGGACUUCGAUCGCUGCCGCCGAGAAGGAGGAGUACCUCGCCGUUGUCCUGCCUUACCUCGUUGGCCGAUUCGUUCAGCGUCACCCUGCCCUAGCCGACAAGCUCGUCAAGGAGGUCUUCUGGCCCCGCCUCCUCGCCAUCAAGGCGGACAUCAAGCUCCGCCUCGCAGUCUACGCCUCGAUCCAAGGCUCUCAGCUCGAGAAGUCGCAACACUGGCUCAAAGGCGUCGGGGCCGUCUUGCCGACGGCGGCGGAGACCGUCACCGUCGAGACGAACGACAAACUCGUCGAGGUCGUCGCGAAGAACAUGGCUGCUGGCACAUCGGAGCAAGUCGAGGCGGCUAUCGAUUUCCUCGUCAAGCAAGUCGAGAGUGCCGAUGGAUUCGCCACGCUCCUCGCACACCUCGUCGCCCUUCGCUUCGCGGGCAAGGUCGAGAAGUCUCGCCGCGUCGGUUUCGCCCAGCGCCUUAUCUCCGCACUCAAGGUUUCGCAGACGGGCCUCGACGCGCUCGUGGCCGCCCAGCCGAACAAGACUGAUGCGCUCUUGCAGGCGGACAACUCGGGCGUCGUCGCUUCUAGCGUCCAGCAGGCCGUCUUCGCGCACCCUGGAGCCGACAAGACUGCUCAGCAAGUCAAGGCUGCGCUUCUCGUCGGGUCGCUCAAGGCGAUCCACCCUCUCGCCGAGGCAAGCUGGAGCUGGCUUGCCGCUCCCUCUAGACCCGACUCGCCUGAAGCGUCCUACCGCGACCUCUGCCACUCUGUCUAUCGCCUCGCGCACGCUUACACCGGCUCGCCAGCCUCGACGACCCUCUCGACGGCGCUCCUCGAGGCCCUUUUCGCAUCGCUCGUCACGGACGAUGCGCUCGCCUUCCUCGCCUCCAUCUGCACCUCGCGUCACGUCACCCUCGACCUCCGCCUCGCAGCCCUUCGCGACGCGACCGUCUUCAUCGAAGUUCUCGCCGCUGCGACCGCCUCGCCGAAGGGCAAGGUUGUCGACUGGCAGGUUGUUGUCCCAUCACUUGUCGUCGCUCUGGCAGACGAGGACAAGCGCAUCCGCACCGAGGCGCUCAAGGCGCUCGACAAGGUUCGCGCGACGCUCGCUCCGGCUGCGGCUGGAAAGAAGGACGCCAAGGUCGGCACCGUGUAUGGGCGGGACAAGAUGUACGGCGCCAAGGCGACCGCUUCGACGCUCAAGUACCUCGACUUGGGCGACCUCCUCGCCUACCUCGACAAGCUCCUCGCCUCGCGUACCGAGCUCACCCUUUCGCCUACCCACCUCGCCGUCGUGCACUCUUCCCUCCUCGACGCCCCCGGACCGAACGACUCGCCCGCGAAAGCGACGAAGCGCAAGUCGUCCCUCUCGUUCCGCAUCGCAACGUACCUCGUCUCGCACGCGCAGGCAUGGAAGGCCUCGCUCGUCGCGCGCGUCCGGAUCCUCGCCGCGCUCGAGGGCGUCAAGGACAAGGACAAGUCCGCUGCGCUGCUGGCGCUCGUUCGUGAGGCGGUUGCGGACAAAGCUGAGUCGAAGGACGAGCCGGAGCUGGUGCAGGAGUAUGCGAGGUUGGUGUUGCAGCCGUUCGACGGCGCGCAGCGGAAGUGGCUCGAGAGCGAAGAGACCGGCGCUAUUCGAACUCUCGUUCAGGCUAUCGAGACGGAGGAUGUUGCCGGUCUCCGCGCCGCUUUCCGUAAGGAAGCGCUCCGUCUCACCGCCAAGUCCGUCUUCCCGACCGUUCGCGGCGAGACCCGCGUCGAUCUAUUCAAGCGCCUCGUCAAACUCGCCGUCACGACCGAAGCACGCGUCAACUCCGACAUCCUCGCCUGCAUUCGGAAGUCCAAGGUGGACGGCGAGACGAUUACGGCGGUCCUCAACGAGAUCCGCACGGCCAUCUCGCCUCCCGCUGCAAAGGGCGCCAAGCGCGGCAGGACCUCGCUUGCCGGCGCAGCGUCGACCACCUCGCGCACGGAGCGCAUUCCUGAGCUCGUCGUCGUCCUCGAGUCGGUCGAGUUCGGCUUGGUUCCGGCAUCCCACGGUCUCGUCCUCGGCCUCUUUGACCUCCUCGCCAGCCUCGUCGACUUGCCAACUGCCACCGGCCAGACCGACAUCUCGUAUCCUGGCCAGCUCAUCCUCGGCGCCCUCGCACGCAUUGUCGAGAACGUCGAGCCGUCGAGUGGCAUCACCAGCGACUCGAUCCGCAUGGCCCCCGUCAUCGACUUCAUGCGGUCGUCGAUCAACCCGCAGACCUACCACCAGUCGCUCCUCUUGCUCGCCCAGCUCGGCCCGCUCGUCCCUGACCAACUCGUGCACAACGUCAUGCCGAUCUUCACCUUCAUGGGCGCGAACGUCCUCCAGCGCGACGAUGCCUACAGUCUUCGCGUCGUCGAUCAGACACUCGACAACAUCGUUCCAACGCUCGUCAAGGCGAUGCAGAAGACGGCGCGCGGUCGCGAGGGACUACUCGCGGAGCUCAAGGAGCUCUUGCGCGCCUUCACCGACGCUGCCAACCACGUCCCGCGCCACCGCCGCAUCAACCUCUUCGUCCGACUUGUCGAGACCCUCGGCCCGAAGGAGUUCUUGUCAGCCAUCUCGAUGCUCCUUGUCGACAAGGCGGGCAAGGCGACUGCCGAGGCGGCCUCGCUCCCGCUCACUCUUGUCGAGCACUUUUCCGUCGAUGUCCAGCUCGCCGCGUACAAGCAGGUCGUCGAAGAGAUCGCUCGCCUCGUCAACCUCGAGGAAUCCUUCUUGCAGGCAGGCCCCGUCGAGGGUCAAGUCUCGACCGGCAAGACCACGGACACGACGAUCAAUCUCCUCAGCUUCCUCGGCUUUGCGCUCGAGGCCAAGCAGUUGCUCAGCAAGGUCGACUCGGCUCGCACCGCUGGCUCGGAGACGGUCGACACCUCGCUGUCGGAGCUCCUCCGCGGCCUGCUCGACAUCGGUUCUGCGACGUCACCUUCGUUCAGCGACGUUGAGCGGAACAAGAUUGCCGAAGCCGCCGAGUACAACGUCCACGCCGCCGUUGCCCUCCUUUCGACCAAGUCGUUCGCCGACGCCUUGCUCUGGCUCCUCGAGCUCGCAGACCCGGCCAUUCAGCCGCGUGCCUUCGCCCUCCUCCGCACUCGUCUCCCGCACGUCAAGCCAACUCGCCGUGGCGACCUCUCUCCCGCGAUCAUCACCGUCGUCGAGCAGAUCCAGGACGUCCUCGCAAGCGAAUCGGACGUCGUCUUGGACGCGCUCGACACGCUCGAUGUCAUCGCCGACUCGACUUUCGCCGACGAGGACGCUGCGUUGGCCAAGAUCGUCUUGCCGCUUGUCGACGUCGCGAAGGAUGCGUCGAAGAACGAGCAGACGAGGGCGAAAGCUCUCGAGGUGCUCAGGAAGCUUACCAACCGCCUCGGACCCCGCCUCAUUCCCCUUGUCGCCAAGCUUGUGCCAUUCGCUCUCGACCUGCUUCACGCCCAGGCAAAGGCCGGCACAUCGGCCGCCGUCUCGCUCGUCACUGGCGCGUACGAUACUCUGGAGGGCUUGUUCAGCUCCGUCCCGUCAUUCGUCGGCGGCCAGCUCGACAAGGUCUUCUCCGCCGCGCUGUCGACGGAUGUCAUGGCGCUCUCGACGAUCAAGGGUAGCGCUGCCGCCAAGUCACGCGCUGCGCUCCUCUCGACCGCAGCGAAGAAGUUGCCGGCCAAGACGCUCUACCCGGCCAUCAUCCGUCUUCACGCCUCGCUCUCGGCUACGGAACGCGACCCGAUGCUCGGCUUGCUCGACCUCCUGAACCGCGCCCUGCGGUACGGCAAGACGACCGACGUUGCCGACAACUACCGCAGCGUGUACAAGCUCUUCCUCACCGUCUUCGACUCGCGCCGCACGCAUACCGCCGACUUCGACCACGACGACAUGGUUUCGAUCGAAGACCACGCUCUUGGCGCGUUCGUCCAAUUCAUCCUCAAGCUCAACGAGCAGACGUUCCGCCCGCUCUUCCUUCGCACCUACGACUGGGCCGUCAUCGACCUCGCCGAAGACGAGUCAGCCUCGAGCGAGGGCCUCGUCGCGCGCCGCACGGUGCUGUACAAGAUCGUCGACCGCCUCCUCGGACAGCUGCGGAGCAUCUUUGUCCCGUACUUUUCGUUCAUGCUCGACCAGACCGUCGAGUUGCUCGAUCAGGCGGCCAAGGGCGAGUUGCGGGACGAGGACUUGUGGGCUGCGGUCGCGAGUGCGCUCACCAAGGCGUUCGAGUUUGACGAGGGUGGCUUCUGGUCGCCCGCUCGCCUCGGCAAGCUCGCUGCGCCCGUUGCGCACCAGCUCGAGGCGCCAGCCGGCUUGUUCGCCCCCGAGGCGUACAACUUGCUCGUCACGUCGUACUCUGCGCUCCUCGCCAACCACGAGACGCAGCUCAAGGCGUUCAACUCUCGCCUGUUGCACCUCACGCGGUCGGACGACUUGCGCGUCAAGCGCGGCGCGAUCGACACGCUCGACAUCGUUUGGCAGGAGGUGGGAGACGGCAUGCUCGGCCUCGUGCCCGAGUCGACGCCAUUCUUGGCCGAGGCGAGGGAGGAGACGGAGGGUGGAGUCGAGGCCGCGACGAGGAGGCUCAUCAAGCGCAUCGAGGAGCACCUCGGCGAGUCGCUCGACGAGUACCUCGAGCAGUAG